CACAUAUUCCCAAACCAGGAAGUAGACCUUCGACAAACGCAAUUAUUAGAUGGUUAUAAUUUCAUAGCGUGCGGAGGGAAGUGAACUGCAUUGUCCAAAUAUGUUGUUUAUUUUGGUUGUCGCGGGGUUGUGGAGCCACGCCGGAGCGUUAGAAAACGGUUUGGCGAGGACGCCGACGAUGGGCUGGCUACACUGGGAAAGGUUCAUGUGCAACAUCGACUGUGAAAAAGACCCGGAUAAUUGCAUUAGUGAGCGACUUUUCAUGCGGAUGGCGGAUGUGAUGGUGGAAGAGGGUUGGAGAGAGGCCGGAUAUCAGUACAUUUGCAUCGACGACUGCUGGAUGCAUCCCAGUCGGGACGAACAGGGCCGCCUGCAAGCAGACCCCGCCAGAUUCCCUGGCGGCAUCAAGAAACUGGCCGACUACGUGCACUCCAAGGGUCUGAAGUUGGGCAUUUAUGCAGAUGUUGGCAAAAGUACCUGUGAAGGAUACCCAGGCAGUCUGGGUCACUAUGACACCGACGCUCAGACUUUUGCAGAGUGGGAAGUGGACCUGCUGAAAUUUGACGCCUGCUACAUUGACUGGACUUUGCUUGGGCAAGGCUAUGUGAACAUGUCCAGAGCCCUGAACAGAACCGGAAGACCCAUUCUCUACUCUUGCGAGUGGCCUCUACAUGAAAGGCAAUUCCAAAAGCCCAACUACACUGCCAUUAGAGAGACGUGUAACCAGUGGCGCAACCAUCCAGAUGUUUAUGACUCAUGGAGCAGCAUCAAGGCCAUCUUGGACUGGACGGCAACUAAUCAGGCUGAGCUCGUCCCCUCAGCCGGUCCUGGGGGCUGGAAUGACCCAGAUAUGCUGGUGAUAGGGAACUUUGGCCUGAGCCCGGACCAGCAGGAGUCUCAGAUGGCACUCUGGGCCAUCAUGGCUGCGCCGCUCCUCAUGUCCAACGACCUGCGAGCCAUCUGUCCGCGCUCCAAGCGGCUGUUGCAGAACCGCCACAUCAUCGACAUAAGCCAGGACGCACUGGGCAAACAGGGGUACCGCACAGCCAAGGUGGAGGGAAUUGAAGUGUGGGAGAGGCCUCUGUCCAAUGGCAGGCUGGCCGUGGCUGUACUUAACAGACAGGAGAUCGGAGGUCCACGAACAUUCUCUUUGCAAGCAGCCCCCGCCUGGAAAAUGUGCAGGCCGCAGUGUGGGGUCACCCAGAUCCUGCCUUGGUAUGAGGAGAUUGGCUUUAAGACUGAACACCAAGUCAGUGUUAACCCUUCAGGGACUGCUCUCCUGAUUAUCACACCCAGCAGCCAGGCAAAGUUUAGAACUGAUGAGAUGCAUUGGUUGGAAAACGUGGACGUUCUAUAGCCAGGCAUGUGAUUUGAACUUAAUGCAUAGUCUAGAGCAAAGAGUACAAGAUCAAGGGUGAUGGGUCAAAUGCAGAGAAUAAUUUCGCCACACCUAGUGUGUGACAAUCAUUGGUACUUUAACUUUAACCAUUCUAUUAGCUAACUUCCUUUAUCUAAUUAGCCAUUUGUGAUUUAUAGCAUGGUAUAACAACUAUCAGUCAUGUUUAUGUUUCAAAAUGAUUCAACUAUUCAAUGUCAAAAUAUAAACAGUAGAAACGUCAGCUAAUCUCUUGUAAAACACCAAUGAAAAUGAAAUGUAGCAUUUAGACAGGCUAUACUGUAGCAAAAGUCAUCACGUGUGUGUUCUUAAAUGUGUAUUCCAUGUCUUACAUGGCGAGAGCAGUUUUGAUUUGGGCUUACAUGGUAAACAACUCAAAUGAAUGUUUUAUGCGGACGCAUACAUUUGUUCACGUGUGGCCAAGUAGACGCAUUGUGUGAAAAAUCUAAGGAAGAGAAUCCCUCGGCCGUCUUCUAGUUUUUUAAUAUAUAUAUAUCGCACGCUUUAAUAUUCUCUCCUCUUUUCUCGUCAUUUGUGAUGUGCACGCCUGUUGUAAUUUCCCUUCCUGGUUCGAUGUCCUGCCCUAUCUUGCCUCUGAUUGGCCUGUCCAUACUAUUUUGCCCUAAUCUUAGCCAAUCAUGACUCAUAGUAAACCCACCAACCAAUUAUGGAUUUUCGUAUACGUAAAGCAACCAAUCAUCAUCGUUUCCCUUAUAUUUUGUCCCCUGUCCGUGGAGUUGCUUCGCUACGUAGCUUCGAUUUUUAAGUUAAUUUUUUAUGGAAAACCGUAGUUUUUAACACUGGAUUAUCAAAAACCGUACUAUUACGAGAAAACGGUAGUUGUUGGCUGGUAUGGCAAAGAGACGGAUCAAGAUUUUAACACACAUUGUAGGUAGAAAAAAACAUUUUUUAAAUAUUUUUACAGAGAUGGAUUUCCGACGAGACGGAAAAAAUCACAUGCCUGUAUAGUCCGUAGGUACUUUUUAUUUCACGUAAGCGUACACAUUGGGUUAUUAGGAUUACUAAAGAGUGGUUUUCUUUGCAGGUGUACCAGUGAAGAGGCAUUGUAAAUUUGAACACGUUUAUUGAAAACGACGAAGAACCACAGCUUAGAACUGGAUGACCUGGCCCUGUUAAAAGAAAAAAAACAAUUGUUGAAAAGGCAGCACAAGCAAUAAAACAAGUUACACUUAAGUCUCUGCAAUCACAUGCCAUUUAAAAAAGGAAAUUGUGUGCAUAGUCUGCUGGAAAUACUUCUAUCGGACUCAAACCACCAAAGUCUUGUUGACAUCUGGACACUUAAGAUGUGCUUUAUUUACACGUUUAUUUUUAAAACCCUGGAUAAUUCAACUUUCACUUCCACUUUUCUUGUGACCUCUAUACUUCAAUUGUGUCAUUGUGCAAAUAAGUGAUUAAAGGCUUUUUAGAAAAUGCAUGUUAAUAACUAGGGCUGUGAAUCUUUGGGGACCUCGAUAUUUGUUUAUGAUUCAGUUGUAUAUCGUUAUUGUAUAUAAACAUAUAUUAUACCUUUAUUAAUAUGUAUUUGGGGCUCCUUUUUUGGCUGCUGACAUCCGCGGUAUAGUAAUUUCUGGUUUUCAGAUGUGUUGGCACAAAGCAUAGAUGGAAGACUAGAUACGUGAGCACUGUAGGAGCUUGCUAAACAACGUCCCUUACUUAGGGAGCAGGCAUCCUUGUUUUCAUUUUUGUGCCUUCUAAAACCACAGAAUGCUUAGACACUUUUGAUGGUCACUGUAAAUUUGCUGCUCAAAGAGCCGUGUCGUAUCUACAUUCUACCUUUUCAUAUUUAUGGCUGACAUUGUUCUCUCUGCUGACUUAAUCUAACAUUCACCGUAAAUUUUAGAUAUGAAGGUUUUUUUAACUGUUAUUGUUUUUAACUUAUUUGUCCUGUAUAGCACCUUGUGCACCAUUGUGAUGUUGGAAGGUGCUAUACAAAUAAACCUUGAUUGAUUAAUCUACUCACCAUUUCCUCUUAGCUGGGUACUUUGUGCUAAGGCGGUUCCAAAUAAACUUCUGUUAAGGUGUACAAAGUAUUCUUCCGUUUCAUUACUUUACAUUUCAACUUGCUUGGCGUUGCAAUUAGCAUAGCUUGUUCUCUCCUACUUCAUGCAUCUCUACCCUAGAGCUGAAUUUUAGAAAAGUCUACUACUUUAACAUACAAAAACAAAUCAGUAUUUACAUUUGUGUCCAUUGAUUCAGAAAUAUAUACUUCUGGUUGCGACA